AAAAAGAAGUAAGAUCUCAAAUAGACGACCGCCUAAUCGACAUUAUGGAAGGAGAAUCUGAGAGCGUCUGUACAGCAACAAAGAAACUGAAGCUAUCUAAAGAGGAUCAUGGCAUUGAAGUGAACGAAUCAUUUAGAUAUCAUUUGAUAAAUUUUGUUGCAGUUUUCUCUGCUGUUUCUGAAGUUUUAGUGUGUAAGCAAUGCGGGAAGAACGUAACAUUUACACAAGCAAGCAAGCGUGGUUUAGGCUUCAAACUUGUAAUUAGUUGUGAAGAUUGCGAAAAAGUUUAUAUAAAUAGUUGUCCCUUAAUUAAUAACGCAUACGAAGUUAAUCGUCGAAUAAUAUUUGCAAUGCGUUUAUUAGGAAUUGGCUUAAAUGGUAUUAUUAAAUUCUUGCGUUUGUGGAUCUUCCACGACCGAUUUAUCAAUCAUGUUAUGAUUCCAUCGUUAAUAAUAUUCUUAUCGCAACGGAAGCUAUUCGUAUUAUGAAAUGUAUCACAAAAGCAGGUGAAGAUGAGAAGAUAAUGUCUAUAAAAAAAGGACAAAUGUGAAUGGAAUUACUGUGUCUGGCGAUGGGUCGUGGAGAAAGCGGGGAUUUUCGUCGCUCUAUGGAUUAGUUACGCUCAUCGGGUGGUCUACUGGCAAAGUGGUCGAUAUUCUUGUUAAAUCGAAAUAUUGUAAGGCUUGUGAAUUUUGGGCAAAGAAGAAGGAUGCUGCAGAAUACAAAGAAUGGGCUACAUCGCAUUUGGAGCAGUGUCAAGCGAAUCAUGAGGGGUCAGCUGGAAAGAUGGAAGUAGAUGCCGUUGUCGAGAUGUUUUCACGUUCCGAAAAUCUCCAUAAUGUUAAAUAUGUUCAUUACAUUGGUGAUGGUGAUAGUAAAACUUUCAAAGGAAUUACAGAUGCUGAACUUUAUAAAGACGUUACAAUUUGUAAAAAAGAGUGCAUCGACCAUGUGCAGAAACGUAUGGGCACCCGCCUCUGAGAUUUGAAAAAAAAAACACGAAAGUCUUGGUGGAAAAGGCAAACUAACGGGCAAAUUAAUCGACGAACUCGCUGUAUAUUAUGGAUUGGCAAAAUCCAUUUGUCGAAAUCCAAAUUCCAUCGAAAAAAUGCGAAAUGACAUUUGGGCAACUCUAUCACAAAAUUUCGACGGAUGAAGCACGAUAAGUGCCCGAGCGGUGUGGAUUCGUGGUGCUCGUGGCAAAAAGCGAAAGCCUCGGACAGUUUACAUGAAUAUCAGCAUAAAAGGCCUCUUUCACAAGAAAUUUUCAAUAUCUUGAAGCUAGUGUAUGAAGAUUUGAGCAGGGACGACUUACUCAAUCGUUGCUUAGGAGGCUUUACGCAGAAUAAUAACGAAAGCUUCAAUUCGAUUGUGUGGUCGAUCGCUCCAAAAACAGUUUCAGGCGGUAAAAGAAUAGUCGAUAUUGUCGCAAAUAUUGCAACUUGUAUUUUUAAUGAUGGACUAUCAAGAUUAAUGGAAAUUAUGCAGAUGUUACAAAUAACUGUAGGUCAUAACUAUCAUAAUUUCUACGUCGAGGCUAAUGCGCACCGCGUCAAGGCUGUCGAGCACUCGCUCACGGAUGCCGCUAAUGACGCUCGUAGAGCCUGCACAUCCUCCAGAAAAGCAGAAGAGGAAGAAAAUAUUAAUAUGGAAGGACAGUUAUAUGGUCCAGGCAUCGCAGAGUAAAAGUAAAUUAAAAAUUUCUGUAGUUAAAUUUGAAAUAA